AAAAAAAAAUCUAUAGUUUCUUUAAUCUUCCUGUAGCCAAUCUGGGUCUUUACGGACACAAUAGUUAUGGAUCUGAGUCUUGUUCUUGUUCUUGUUCUUCUUUUAUUUGUUUUUAUUCAUUAACGAGCUUUAACUAACACCGUUAUUAGGUUGGGCUUUUAGUUUUAAGUGAGAUAAUAAGGUGGGUUGGCUGUUCUAUACAGUAGAGUAGGGUUUUAGGCAUUUGCUUUUGAAAAAAACGUUAAACCCAGAAUUGGGUCUGGUUUCCCUCCUCCACAAUCCAAACUCCAAAAUCUAUCCAAGAUGAGGAUAGCAGUAGAAGGGUGUAUGCAUGGGGACCUUGACACUGUCUACAAAACUCUUCAGUAUGCUGAAACCAAGAACAACUUCAAAAUCGACCUCCUCCUCUGUUGCGGCGACUUUCAGGCAGUGAGGAAUGAGAAGGAUCUGGAGAGCCUCAACGUGCCACGAAAGUACCGCUCCAUGAACUCCUUCUGGAAGUACUAUUCUGGGGAAGAAGUUGCUCCCUUUCCCACCAUUUUCAUCGGCGGAAACCACGAGGCCUCUAAUUAUAUGUGGGAAUUGUACCAUGGAGGAUGGGCAGCACCUAAUAUAUACUUUUUGGGGUUUGCUGGGGUGGUCAAGUUUGGGAACAUUCGUAUUGGUGGACUUUCUGGAAUUUACAAUCAACGCCAUUAUCAUUUAGGACACUAUGAGAGGCCUCCUUAUAAUGAGCAUACUAUUAGGUCAGUAUAUCAUGUUCGUGAAUAUGAUGUCCACCAGCUCCUGCAAGUUGAGGAACCGAUUGAUAUUUUUCUUUCACAUGAUUGGCCUGUUUGCAUCACUGAUUAUGGGAACUCAGAGGAACUUAUUCGACGCAAACCAUAUUUCAGGAAGGAGAUUGAGGAAAGAACUCUUGGAAGUGUAGCUGCUGCUCAACUUCUGGAAAAAUUGAAACCACCCUAUUGGUUUUCAGCUCACCUACAUUGCAAAUUUUCUGCUCUUGUUCAGCAUGGGGAAGGUGGCCCAGUGACAAAAUUUCUUGCACUUGAUAAGUGCCUUCCCGGUCGCCCAUUUUUACAGAUACUUGAAAUUGAAUCAGAGCCAGGACCUCAUGAGAUCCAGUAUGAUGAAGAAUGGCUAGCAAUAACACGGAGUUUCAACUCUGUCUUUCCUUUGACAGGGAAAAAGACAAAUUUUGGGAGUGUAGAUCUUCGCGUGGAAGAUAGUCGUCAAUGGCUUAAAAGCAGGCUACAAGAAAGAGGGGCCAAACCUUUUGAAUUUGUUCGAACAGUACCAUGUUACAAUCCCUCUCAAUCUGUCUCCAAUCAUUCCUUUUCUGGAUACCCUAGGAAUCCUCAAACAGUAUCUUACUUGCAGUUACUAGAACUUCCUUAUCUUCUUGAUUCCAUGCCAGAACCAAAGGAUGUAUCCUAUAGUCCUGCUUCAUUUAUUCAAAGAGGUUCUUUUAGUGAUGACAGCGAAACCAUUCCCAUUGAUGAUGUGGAUGAAUUGGAAGAACUUGCAGAAGUUGACGAUGAGGAAGCCAAAGAGAAUAGAAGGCUAGAAACCCUUAUGGAGAAAAGACCAGUAGCUUUUUCUGCAACAGUACUCUUCACUACUGUUGUUGUUUUCUCCAUUGCUGCUUCUCCUUCCAGUGCCAACCUUUCAUUUAACUUCUAUGCAGCUUCAUGCCCACCAGCUGAGUUUAUGGUUAGAAACACAGUGAGAUCGGCUUCCUCUGUUGAUCCAACCGUUCCUGGGAAGCUUCUUCGCUUGCUGUUCCAUGAUUGCUUCGUGGAGGGUUGUGAUGCAUCUGUGCUGCUACAAGGAAAUGGGACGGAGCGAGAUGAUCCAGCAAACACAUCUCUUGGAGGAUUUUCAGUAAUGGAUUCAGCUAAAAGAGUACUAGAAAUCUUCUGUCCAGGAACUGUUUCUUGUGCUGAUAUUGUUGCUUUGGCUGCCAGAGACGCUGUUGAAAUGGCUGGCGGACCAGCAAUUCAGAUUCCAACAGGUAGAAGAGAUGGGAUAGUUUCAGCAGCUUCUAAUGUUAGGCCUAAUAUUGCAGACACAAUUUUUUCAGUGGAUGACAUGAAAAAGCUCUUCUCUUCUAAAGGAUUGUCCUUGGAUGACCUUGUCACCCUUUCAGGAGCUCACACCAUUGGAGCAGCUCACUGCAGCGCAUUCAAUGAUCGCUUUCAAGAAAUCUCCAAUGGGAGUCUCACACUCAUUGACACAUCCCUUAACCGUACUUAUGCUGGAGAGCUCAUGAAACAGUGCCCUGCAAGAGCAAGCCCCUCUGUAACUGUUAAUAAUGAUCCUGAGACAUCUUUCAUGUUUGACAACCAGUACUACCGAAAUCUUUUAGCCCACAAGGGGCUAUUCCAAUCAGAUUCCGUUUUGUUAGAUGAUAACAGAACGCGGAAACAAGUAGUGGAUUUCGCAAAUAACCAAGUUGGCUUUUUUGAGAGUUGGGGUCAGUCAUUUUUGAAGCUUACUAGCAUUGAUGUAAAAACAGGUGAUGAAGGAGAAAUUAGAAGAUCUUGUUCAACAACGAAUGAGUAAAGAACUACCUAUCCUUUCGAGGGAACUACACUGAAACAAAAUGGUACUUCCGAAGUAUUACUCAAAUAAUGCCUACAAGAUGCUUAAUUAGAACAGCUUUUACAUGCAUAUACAAACCCAGUAAAGUUUAUAUUUUCAGUUGUCACUUGUAAGUCUCAUUGUUUGUUUGUGUGUCUGGAUUUUGGUGAUGUUUUUCAAUUUUCAUUAGGGAUAUUGUGUUGUAUUUAUGGAAAUAGUUUGUAAGCUUUUGUUACUGUUGACAUUGUGUAUAUACUUUUCCUUGCAUUGGUUUGUAUUAUCAUAUAUAAUAGGACACAUCCGGCCCUGCUUUGGGUUGGGGUUGCCCGACCACACA